AAUGAUAAUAAUAAUAAUAAUAAUAAUAAUAAUAAUAAUAAUGAUAAUAAUAAUAAUAAUAAUAAUAAUGAUAAUAAUAAUAAUAAUAAUAAUAAUAAUAAUAAUAAUAAUAAUAAUAAUAAUAAUAAUAAUGAUAAUAAUAAUAAUAAUGAUAAUAAUAAUAAUAAUAAUAAUAAUAAUAAUAAUGAUAAUAAUAAUAAUAAUAAUAAUAAUAAUAAUGAUAAUAAUAAUAAUAAUAAUAAUGAUAAUAAUAAUAAUAAUAAUAAUAAUAAUAAUAAUAAUAAUAAUAAUAAUAAUAAUGAUAAUAAUAAUAAUAAUAAUAAUAAUGAUAAUAAUAAUAAUAAUAAUAAUAAUAAUAAUAAUAAUGAUAAUAAUAAUAAUAAUAAUAAUAAUAAUGAUAAUAAUAAUAAUAAUAAUAAUAAUGAUAAUAAUAAUAAUAAUAAUAAUAAUAAUAAUAAUAAUAAUAAUAAUGAUAAUAAUAAUAAUAAUGAUAAUAAUAAUAAUAAUAAUAAUAAUAAUAAUAAUAAUAAUAAUAAUAAUAAUAAUAAUAAUAAUAAUAAUAAUAAUAAUAAUAAUAAUAAUAAUAAUAAUAAUAAUAAUAAUAAUAAUAAUAAUAAUAAUGAUAAUAAUAAUAAUAAUAAUAAUAAUAAUAAUAAUGAUAAUAAUAAUAAUAAUAAUAAUAAUAAUAAUAAUAAUAAUAAUAAUAAUAAUAAUAAUAAUAAUAAUAAUAAUAAUAAUAAUAAUAAUAAUAAUAAUGAUAAUAAUAAUAAUAAUAAUAAUAAUAAUAAUAAUAAUAAUAAUAAUGAUAAUAAUAAUAAUAAUAAUAAUAAUAAUGAUAAUAAUAAUAAUAAUAAUAAUGAUAAUAAUAAUAAUAAUAAUGAUAAUAAUAAUAAUAAUAAUAAUAAUGAUAAUAAUAAUAAUAAUGAUAAUAAUAAUAAUAAUGAUAAUAAUAAUAAUAAUAAUAAUAAUGAUAAUAAUAAUAAUAAUAAUAAUAAUAAUAAUAAUAAUAAUAAUAAUAAUAAUAAUAAUAAUAAUAAUGAUAAUAAUAAUAAUAAUAAUAAUGAUAAUAAUAAUAAUAAUAAUAAUAAUAAUGAUAAUAAUAAUAAUAAUAAUAAUAAUGAUAAUAAUAAUAAUAAUAAUGAUAAUGAUAAUAAUAAUAAUAAUAAUAAUAAUAAUAAUAAUAAUAAUGAUAAUAAUAAUAAUAAUAAUAAUAAUAAUAAUAAUAAUAAUAAUAAUAAUGAUAAUAAUAAUAAUAAUAAUAAUAAUAAUGAUAAUAAUAAUAAUAAUAAUAAUGAUAAUAAUAAUAAUAAUAAUAAUGAUAAUAAUAAUAAUAAUAAUAAUAAUAAUAAUAAUAAUAAUAAUGAUAAUAAUAAUAAUAAUAAUAAUAAUAAUAAUAAUGAUAAUAAUAAUAAUAAUAAUAAUAAUAAUAAUAAUAAUAAUGAUAAUAAUAAUAAUAAUAAUAAUAAUAAUGAUAAUAAUAAUAAUAAUAAUAAUGAUAAUAAUAAUAAUAAUAAUAAUAAUAAUGAUAAUAAUAAUAAUAAUAAUAAUAAUAAUAAUAAUGAUAAUAAUAAU